CGUCCAAGCCCGAGGAUUUAUAAGAAUGCGUGUAAGGCGAGCAGUGGAGUUUAGACGUUAGGUCUUGGCAGGGCGUUUCGAAUGACUUCAUGAGGACCAAUGAGUCGGAUUUAGUCAAUUAAACCCGAAUAUACCUGCAAACUCCCUGGCGAUGUACGGCGUUACUCCUCGUACAAUUCCCCAUUUGCUAAUCACCACAUCCUCAACUAUACUCAAUCCAUCCAUAACUUUACCCGCUGGACGCCUGAGGAAUUUAUUCAUCCGGUGUUACUUUGUUGGCAGGAUAUAUAUUUGCCACUGUUCUACGUCGACCUGAGCAUCACCAGAAUCCAUCCGGUCCACUUCAAUUCAUAUCGAACAUCUUAAUACCCAUCCUACAACGGUCCAUAAGCUCCAGUCGAAAAUGACAUCUUACUCAGAGAAAGAGGUCGUGCUCAUUACAGGCGCAACGAAUGGUAUUGGCCUGGACACGGCGAUUUAUAUUGCGUCCGCCUCCCCAAACUAUCAUGUUAUCAUCGGCGCACGCAACCUUUCGAAGGGGGGGACUGUUUUGAAAGAAUUGCAAGCCAAACCGGGCAUCCAAGGCACCCUCUCUCUGGUACAACUUGACGCCAACGACGACACUUCUAUCGAAGCGGCAGCCAAGAAAGUCGAGCAGGAUUUCGGACAUCUUGACGUCCUUAUCAACAAUGCUGGUGUUUGCCCAGAAAGAGAUGAAACAUGGCCCAACCGAGAGCUGAUGCGCACGAUUUUCGAGACCAACGUGUUUGGCGCAACACUUAUUACCCAGGCUUUCAUUCCUCUAAUGAAGCAUUCAUCCAACCCACGCAUCAUCAACGUAAGCUCCAGCCUCGGCAGCAUUGGCGCAAUCUCAGACCACAGCGGCUCUUACUCUGGUGUGAAAUAUUCUGGAUAUCGCAUGAGCAAAGCUGCACUGAAUAUGUUGACAGCAUACCAGUACUAUCAGCUCAAGCCGGACGGUUUCAAAGUCUGGACCUACUGUCCUGGCUUUGUAGUAACGGAUCUGGGCGGCGAUAGAGAACAGAGAGUAGAGAACGGCGUCGAAAGCUCAGAGACAAGCGCAAAGGGGCUAUUGGAAAUCGUGCAGGGUGAAAGAGAUGCUGAAGUGGGUGGCUUCAUUGCCAAGUAUGGACAAAAGCAUGAUUGGUAGUGGCAGCCAGUAUAUCCUGGUACGACCAAUUGUAGAAUUCAAUUCGGAACACAGAUUUUGGUGCCCAUGGAUUCUGUUAUUCGACUACUCUGCACUGUUCCUCUUCGAUGCUGUUGACAAUCCAAGAGAUGUGGUAGCUCCUUUCUUUACAGGGUGUUACCCCGCUUUUCUCCUAACAGCUCCGUCGCCAUCAUCGCUUCCGCCAUCAAACUACCGCUUGUUGAUUCUAAAAUCA